AUGCAAUUAGAAAAAAGUGAGAGAGUGAUAUGGAAUCUAAGAAUGUUUAAUUAAAGGAUGCCAUUUUUGGAUGAUUCAAGACAAUGUUUAUUUAUAAAUAAUUAAGGAAAUAUUUAUUUCCAAUAUAUAAUUGCAUAUUAAUUUGAAAAGGCUGAAACGUUGUUAUUUAAUUGCGAAAUAGGGACCGAGUUUUAAAAAGCAUUGAAGAGGGCAAGCAAGUCUUUAAUGAUUAUCCGAAAUUAUAAGGUAGAGCCAAUCAAAUUUGAGUUUAUCGAUUCUUAAACAGAGUAUAUAUUAGUUUUUAAAGCUUAAAAUAAAUUAGCAUCAAAAUGUGGCAUUGCAAAGAGCGCUAAAGGAGGAAAAGGUGGAAAAGGCGGAAAAGGAGGAAAAUUUGGUCAAGGAAAGAAUAAGAAAGCCCCAUAAUCCAGGUCUUUGAAAGCAGGGCUUUAAUUCCCUGUGGGUCGUAUUCAUAGAUAUUUGAAGCAAAGAGUAUCAGCCAAGAACAGAGUAGGAACAACAUCAGCCGUAUACACAUCAGCAAUUUUAGAGUAUUUGACAGCUGAAGUGCUCGAAUUAGCUGGAAAUGCUUCAAAAGACUUCAAAGUCAGAAGAAUCACACCAAGACAUCUUUAAUUAGCAAUUAGAGGUGAUGAGGAACUCGACAUUCUUAUCAGAGCAACCAUUGCAGGAGGUGGUGUUAUUCCACAUAUUCACAAGGCUUUAUUAGGAAAAUAAACACCAGAAGGAGGAAUUCCAAAGGAAUGACAUAUAUUAUA